AACGUCAUUCAUUCCAAAAAUGGCGUGCGCGUAGGUUGUGUGUUACUGUUAUUUUAAUUUUUAGUUUUUAUUUUACAAAGUUUACACACUGUUGACUAAAAAUAGUUAUAAUGGGUCGGUCGCCUAGUCCCCGGCGGCGUGACCGUGACGAAAGACGGGACCGUCGUGAUCGCGACAGGCGCAGACAGCGCACUCGAUCACGCUCGCGGUCACUGGAACGCCGCCGUCGGUCACCAGAGCGCGAAAGGCGGCGCUCACCGUCGCCGAGGCGGCGUCGUUCCCGCUCAGCAUCACCUACUCCAACGACCUCGUUCGUACCAAAAGCGAAGAAGAGUUACGUGGAACGGCCCAUAGUCACGCCGGCUGAUUUGGAGGGAAAAACGCCCGAGGAACAGGAAAUGCUGAAGGUGAUGGGUUUUUGUGGCUUCGACACUACGAAAGGUAAAAAAGUUGAUGGUAACGUAGAGGGCGAGGUUCACGUCGUCCUUAAACGUAAGUACAGACAGUAUAUGAACAGGAAAGGUGGUUUCAACAGGCCAUUGGAUUUCGUGGCAUAACGGUAUCGCACAACCUUUGACCUCCAGGGUCGUUUUUACAUGCUAUGUGAUAGUUUUAAAGCUUGUCCCAAUAGCUGGUUAAACCUGUUCUUAUUUCGAUCGAAUACAAUUGAAAUAGGCCCCCAUUUGAACUUGAACUUGAAUAUGGGAAUAAUGUUACGAGUCAGAUAUUAAAAUGGCUAUAAACGUUUAUUGUUCGAUAAAUCAGGUUCUAGCUCCGGGGACAAGUUUUAAAAUGUUUAGUAUUAAGUGUUAUACAUGUUUUCCAUUUUGUAUUCGAAUAUAUUUUUAGUUACAGCUGUGAUAUAUUUACAAAACUAAAAUGCAAAGAAUGUUACCUAACGAACUAUUCACAAACAAAUAUUACUUAUUUUAAACAGAUUUAAGCUAUUUCUUUCUAUAAUAUUUAAUGCAAUUACCGUAUAUUGGAAGAUUUGGAUUUAA